AUUGUCCCCACUCAAAGUGCCCUAUCUGCCCCUUACAACAGCUAUUAUAUAAGGAGGCCGCAGUUUUCAACGUGCCAUAUUACUAAAACGUUAUCUAACCAAGCUCAUAGUGUCUUGUGGGAACAAAGCAGCAAGUUCCAACGAUGGCUCGUAUUCUGGCACUGGUUGUUUUCCUCUUCCAUUGCAUUCACCCAAACCAAGGCCAACAGUAUGUGAAAAGUGAAACGUCUAACCAAACUCCAACAGAAUUUAUUGGCCAGUCAACUAUUGCAGCGUUUGACAAAGUUCAGUACCACGUGGCCGUAUUUCGCGGGAUACCUUUUGCUAAACCCCUUAGUGGAGACCAGAGGUUCUCAAAACCUCAGACAUUGGAGCUGAAGAAUGAGACAUAUGACGCACUCAACUUUAAAAAUAUCUGCUUUCAAAAACCGGAUGAUGCGGACAAAUGUCGAACUGGCUUCACACAAUCUGAAGAUUGCCUGUAUCUGAAUAUCUACGUGCCUUUAAAAGUAAACAAUAAUGCAGAUAAUUCAAAUGCCAACAUUACUUUAUCAAACAAUAAAACAGAGAAUCUGGCAGUUUAUAUUUACAUUCACGGCGGGGCUUAUUUUGAAGGAAACGGCAACUGCUACGAUAUGGGAAUCUUCUCCGGGUUUGGAAACAUCAUUGUCGUGACGAUCAAUUACAGACUCGGCGCGUUUGGGUUUCUGUCAACGGAUGAUGACGUCAUACCAGGAAACCUGGGAUUGUGGGAUCAACACGAGGCUAUCAAGUGGGUGAGCGAGCAUAUCUCGGCGUUCGGUGGCGAUCCGGGACGUAUCACCGUGGGCGGCCAGUCCGCUGGUAGCUACAGUUCUAUCUUACAAGCGCUGUACCCCGGCAAUGGAGGACUCUUCCAGAGGGUGAUUGCUCAAAGCGGUACCCCGGCGGCCAAGAACAGUGUGAGCAGGGUGGCCUACAACACCAGUCUACACGUGGCCAAGUUGUUGGGAUGUGAUGUAGACGGGCCGAACCAGAGUUCCAAGAUCAAACAAUGUCUUCUGGGAGUCAACGCUUCUAGACUUGCUGAAGUUUCACCACAUGUUUUAGCGCCGUCAACAUUGCCGUUCGAACCUAGCUUAGGCGGAGCAUUCAUCGCUAAUGACCCGAGUUUAAUCUUCUCUAGUAACUCUAACCCUGACGCCAUACCUGCGCAUUUCUCCAACAAAGACAUCCUCAUCGGCGUAGACGCUCAAGACGGUGAGGUGGCUUACAGACUUUGGGUUCUUUUGUUCAAUAUCUCUGCUGCAACUGCCUUCACAACUCCUAUGCCGAAAGAAAGGUUUAGAGAACUUGUUUACGAUUACUUAUCUGACAACUUAAACGAAGACAUAAAUAAAUACAAAAGAAUCAUCGACGCUGUUGUAGAGAGGUACACGGACUGGGGAGACGCGGACAAUUUGACGGUGGUGAGCAACAAAGCUGUGGAAAUGUUGACGGACGUUUUCUUCGUUUUACCCGUGCGUGACACGGCUAUUGGACAUGCGCACAACAAGACAACAUCAAGACGUAGGCGUGACGUAGUGUCGGCGGCUGGGAAGACGUACGUGUACAAGUUUGUGAUCCCCAAAAGUUUGUCGAGUAGAAAUACGAUCUGGUGGGUGGAGGGAACGGAGCACGCUUCUGAAAUUCCGUAUACUAUGGGUAACGUUGGCAACAAUUCCGAUGGUGUGAAGUUGUCUAAGGCCUUUAUGACAUACUGGUCAAAUUUCAUCAAAACAGGAAACCCAAACUCAAACCCAGACAAAACGCCCGCCACUUUUGCUGAAUGGAACCAGUUCACAGUCGCAGACCAGAAGUACCUGUACCUGACCAAUGAUCCAGCAAUGAGGGCAAACUUUGGAGCUGAGACCCGCCACCUGUGGCAAGACGUGGUCCCCAGCUUGAAACAACUGCUGGUGAACCAGGACAGCCUUGUGAAACCUAGCCCAAUAACGUGUCGUAGCAACAGGGGAAGUCACUCCGCGAUCAGUGUCUUUUUUCUUCUCUCGCUGCUGUCCCUUGCGGUUGUCUAAGGAUGCUUUUAUCUUCUUGUUAUGUUUUGUUAUACGGCAGUUUGUUGGUAGGGGUCAUUCAUAAACGACGUCACACGCCUGUGAGGUGUGGUAGUGUGUGUGUGUGGGGCGGGGGAGGGAAG